AUGUCUAAAUCAAACAUAGUAAUCGUCGGCGGUGGAUACGGAGGUGUCGCUGUUGCCCAAAAACUUGAAGCCGCGUUACACAAAACACAUCGGAUCAUUUUAAUCGAGCGUAAAACUCAUUUCUGGCAUUCAGUCGGGGCUCCACGAACAGUCGCUGUCAAUGGUUUCGAAUCUCAGCUUCUCAUUCCAUAUGACCAACUCUUUCAAAACGGUGGGAAGGUCAUCAAUGCAGCUGCAGUUCAAUUGAGUGACAAUGAAGUAACAUUAGACAAGGCUGUCGAUGAAUUUGGAGAUAAAGUCCCAUUCAAGUAUGCUAUAAUUGCUACCGGAAGCGAUUAUGCUAAGCCUGCCAAGGUUGGGGGAAGGAACAAGGAAGAUAUAGUAAAAGAAAUUGGUAUUUACCGGGCUGCUGUGAAAAAAGCGAAUAGAGUGUUAAUCAUUGGAGGAGGGGCUGUCGGAAUCGAGCUUGCCGGCGAAAUAAAAACUACCUACAAUGACAAAGAUGUAACCGUUGUUCAUUCACGUGAAUUGCUCCUCGAUGAUAACUUGCCAAAGAAGUUCCGAAGCAGGGCUACCGCUCGUCUAAGAGCUCUAGGCGUAAAAAUUAUUCUAAACGAACGCGUGCAAUUCUCAGCUUCCGACAUAGACAAUGGAGACAAAACAAUUACCCUUGUCACGGACAAAGGCACCACAAUCGAAUCGGAUGUUCAACUAGUGGCCACCGGAAUUCACGUAAAUUCUGGAUUGGUCGGCACACUAAACUCUCAGUUAAUAGAAGCCGAUACUGGAUUGGUUAGAGUCCGUCCUACGCUACAGCUCGAAGGAUACGACCGUAUCUUUGCCUUGGGAGACAUUACCAAUGUCAAAGAAACGAAAAUGGCAUUCAGAGCCGGACUUCAAGCGGACGUAGUUGCCAAAAACUUAGUCUCAUUGAUUAGCGAAAAGAAAUUAAUCGAGUACAAAACGGGGCCGCCAGCGAUGUUUCUUAGUCUUGGUAAAACUGGUGGGGUGGGGUUGCUGCCUAUGUUCGGUGGAGUGUUGGCUGGAAAUUGGAUGGUAAAAUCGUUGAAGUCAAAGAAUCUGUUUGUUAACAAGAAUUGGAAAGACUUGACUGGUGGAACACCACCAGCUUUGGAAUCAUGA